GUAAUUAUCAAUAAUUAAUUAAAAUGGCAAGUGUAUGCACUAAAUGUACGCAGAAUAUCAACACAAAAUCGCCGGGUUUACAGUGCGGUUUUUGCUCAAGUUUUUUUCAUGCGAAAUGUGUAUCAAUAAAUAAGGAACAGCUGGCUACGUUUCUUGACGUACAGGGGUCAAUCUAUAAGUGCGAAAACUGUCGAUUAAAAAACGUAGGAUGUGCAACUUGUUCCACAAUGAUGGAUGCUAUUAAUAAUCUUCAGGCUACAAUAAAAUCUCUUCAGUCUGAAAUACAGACAAUGAAACGUAAGGAUUCCGAGUCGAUGGAAGCUGUAAUCCAGGAGAUAGCGGAUCGUCAAAAACGACAAAAUAACCUUAUAUUUUACAAUGUCCCUGAACAACAAGGAGGAAACACUGCUGGUAGACGUGCUACAGAUUCAGAGAAUAUUGUAGAUAUUCUGAGAAAAAUUGUUCCCGAUAUUCCCAUAGAGAACUUUAAAACUAACAGGCUAGGAAAAUCCUCUGGAGAUAAAACUGCUCCAAUAAAAGUGGAAUUUUCCUCAAAAGAAAUUGUAUUUACAGUUCUAAAAAACAAAUACAAACUUAAGCAAAACGACAGCCCUAUACAAAUCAGCACGGAUAAAACGACUUUGGAAAGGCAACACUUCAAAGCGAUUAUUCAAGAACUAAAACAGCGCCAAGAAAACGGGGAAGAUGACUUAUUUAUAAAAUAUAUAAAUGAUUCCGUUUCGGGCAGUAUACUGGGUUUAUCUGACAUAACAGAUAAUAAGGCGAUAUGGAAAAUGCUGGUGGCUGAAUUUUUGGGGACCUUAAUUUUGGUCUACGUCGGUUGUGGCUCUUGUGUCACGGUCGGUACCGCUCCUACAUACGUACAGAUCGCAUUGACAUUUGGUUUGACGGUGGCUUCCUUGGUACAGGAAAAUAAUUAUUACUUUAGACAUGAGUAUGCAAAACUAGUGGGUGAAAACAAAUCUGUUUUAAACCUGACAUAUUUUUCGUUUUAUAAGUUUAAUAGAACAACUGGAGCCCUAAAUAUUUCAUUGCUUUUGGCUGAAGAUGUAACAAUUAAAAAUGACGUAUCGAUAGCUUUUGAUGCAUAUAUCUUUUUAAAUAACGGUUAUAGAAAAAGUCCAAUUAAUUUUAAAACCAACGUUUGCGAGAUUUUAAAAUCUGGAUUAUAUGAUGCUUCUAGAAUAUUUCAAGACUCGGAUAUAAAACAAUGUCCAGUAAAAAAAGUAAUAAGGAACACCUGA